CUGCCAGCAGUCUCCCAGCUUUGCUUUGCACCAGGAGUUACAAUGAAUUUUGCAGCACAGUUUAUCUACUUCAAAGUCUUAAAAAACAGAAGUCCCAGGGACCGCUACAGGGAAGAUGAAGACUACGAUCCUUUCUGGCAAAGGUUGGAGAAUAUUGCUGUCUGACUUAGAGCUAGAGUGCUCCUUUAUGCCCCUCAGGGGUCAUGGUCAGCCCUCGGGGUGCCCCCAGGGCCAGGCCCACGGACAUGACAACCCCUGGAUCCCUCCUGCCUCCUUAUGGUGUCGUAGUUGGAGUUUUGCUUCGCCUCGUUGUUUAUUUAGUCGCUGUGCUGUAUAGGGAUGACAAUAAAAUAAAGAAACAAGACAUCCCAGCAGUUUGUGAUCUUCACUGCUGUAAGGAUGUCCCUGUAAGAAAUGGCCUUAUUGGGCAGAAGCCACCCUCUAUCAACCCCGAGAGACUGAAGGAUUUUGGUGAGGAGGAUUACCUGAACGGGGAUGUGAAGACCUGGGAAAUGAAGAUAGUGAGCCGAAAUGAGGAGUUACUUAGGGAUGCCCUUUCCUGCAUCCCUCAGCCAAGUAGUAGGACCAGCCUGGCAAGCUGUAACAGGCUGAUUCGAUUUGAAGACAUUAGUGCAGCAGCCUUCAAAAUCCAGUGUGGUGUUCAGAAAACCCCCUGCAUGUAUUCUAGGCUAUCCAAGCUGUAUGGAAUGGACAUCUACCUGAAGAAGGAGUUCCUGCAGUACACAGGGUCUGUGAAGGAACGAGGUGUGCUUUACCUUCUGAUGUCAUUGCCUCAGGAGCAGCAAAGAAAAGGGGUGAUCGUGGCUUCGGACAGUAACUUUUCCAUGGCUGUUGCUUACCACGCCUCAGAGCUCCGUGUUCCCGUGUUUGUCAUCCUGUCCACCAGCACGGCUCCGGCCAGGGUCAGGAUGUGCCGCGACUACGGUGCCAUGGUCAUCUCCUACGGCACCACUGCCAAGGAUUCCCAGGUGCACGCCCGCAGGCUGGCCCAGGAGAACGGCUACCUCUACCUGGAAGAGGAGGACAGUGCUGUGUACCUGUCAGGCCUGGGAACCGUGGGGCUGGAGAUGUACGAGCAGGUGCCAAAGCUGGACGCGGUGAUUUUCCCUGCAGGAGGCCACUGUGGCUUGCUGGCAGGGUCAGCUGCUGCACUCAAACACCUCAACCCACAUAUUUCUGUAAUUGGAGUUGAAUCUGAAAGUUUCCCAGUAUUGCAACAGUCCUUAAAAGCUGGCCACCCAAAUGAUGAUCAGGCCUGCAACAAUCAUCACUUCUAUGGAGAUGUGAGUGGAGUUUGCUUUGGCAGCAAUUCUUUGCAGCUGACUGGGAAGCUUGUGGAUAAAGUUGUUGCUGUGAGGGAGGAGGACAUCCUCAUUUCAAUGCUGAGACUGCUGGAGUACGAGCGAGCCACGGUUGAUGCAGAAGGGGCCAUUGGCCUUGCAGCACUGGUGGCAGGGAAGCUGCCUGAGUUGAAGGGUAAAAGAGUGGCAGUUGUUAUAUGUAGUGGAAACCUGGAAUUACAUUUGCUGCAACAGUGCAUAUCUCGUGCCCUGACCCUGGAUAACAGAGUGUGCAGAUUUUCCCUUGUGAUUUCUGACUGCCCAGGAGACAUGUCAAAGCUACUGGAGAUUUUGGCUCGGGAGGAAGCAAGAGUUUUGGAUAUCAAACAAGAACGCACGUUUGUGACAUCUGAGCUCUUCACUGUCAAGGUGAUCUGCACUGUGGAGACCAGAGACAAGAUCCACACAGCCCAGCUGAGGAACGCGCUCCUGGAACGCUACCCCACAGCGGCCUGGACUGAGCGGUGACGGGCACAGCGCAGGGGGGCACGAGGGCCUCUGACAAGCACUCUGCAGAGCCCCAGCCUUGAGGCUUUCACAACAAAUAUUGUCUUUCAAAGCUGAACAGUUAGCAAAUAGUUUCAGGAUAUUUAUUUCCUGCUCAAAAUGUAGUAAAUGUCUUUGGGGAGAAAAAAAAAAAGUUCAACUCAGACGUUAGUUUAGCUAAGAGAGCUCUUAGUCUCUGCUGGUGUUGGAAUUCCUCAAUUCAUUAUCAGCUGGCUGCCUGGAUUUUGGCUAGUUUGUAGAACCCAAUGAUAUUCCAUAAACAGGGAGAAGGCAUUUCUCUUUACAUCUGAAUAUAGACCUCUCAAAGGUCUUCUGAUUUUGAUGCCCAUUGUUGAAGUAAUGCAGCUCCUUCUGCUGGACUUAGCCACAUUACAAGUAGAGAAAUUUUCUGUUUCCAAGCCAGAAACAGUUUUCUGUUUGCUAAAUCUGCUUCAGGAGGUGUGUGGGGUUGAACAUGACUAUGUUCUGGUCUUUGCUACCAUGUGAGGAAAAAUUAUGCUAAUAGAAGGUGAUUUAAACACAGACAGAAAAACCCUUGGAAGAUAAAAGCCAAUAUAAUAUUUUUUUCCCCAAGGGAAAAUGAUCCUAUUUGCAAAAUCAAAUUCCAAAAUAUUUUGCAGAAUUUGAAAAAAGUAUUGAGUAUGAUUAGAGCUCAUAAAUGGAACACAAAUAUAUUUCUUCCCUCUGCUUUUGGAGACUCAGUAUGAAAAGUAGCAACUGGCUUGUGUUUCUAUAUAAAAAGGGGUCUCGCUAUCCAUGUGAAUUUUGUAAAUAGCAUUCCACUGAUUAUCUUAGUCUGUCUAAAACAGGCUCUAUCCAUCUCACCUGACAGAUUGAGUACACUGUUAAUAGUGACAUAUAUUUAAAGACCACAUGUUAAUAGGCAAAGGCAGUGCUGGGAGAAGAGGAAGCCUAAGUCUUAGGCACAUGGCUAAUGCAAUUAACAAAGAACACAUUGACCUAAAUACCAUUUUUAUCACUAGAGGCAGAGACCAACUAAUAAUAUAACAGAGUGGGAUGGCAAGAAAUAUAAGAGAAGUUCAGGCCCUCUUCUGAAUGUG